AUGGAGCAAUGGAGCAAUGCAAAAAUGUUGGAUAGUUUCACCGCACACAAAUCAUGUUCUGGCCCGCAACGACUAGUGAGGACGCAACUGAUGCGAAGAAGCUACUCGCUACUGUCCGCAAGAUUACGUCCUCAUUUCAUACCAUUGUAUCCGAAGUAUGGCACUUCCUGUGGUGGCACCAAAUUGAAAACUUGCAAUAAACUUUAA